GAACGGAUAGAAUCAGAUAAGAGCUGUUUAUGUAAGUGCUUCAUCUUCUUCCCCACGUUUUCGCUGUGUUGAAUUUCCAUGACUCGUAUCCACUGAAGUAACCGUCUUCUCAAAACCCUAAUUUUCCUCUUCUUCUAUGGCUUCUCAAGUUUUACUUCAGGCUCUGUUUUCCCCAAUUCAAUGUCCUCCUUCGAAGCUAUGUUUCACUUCUUCUUGCACCGCUUCCACAUUCGGUUCUCGUAACUUGCCGUUGAUUUCUACCUCAAUUUCACGGCGUUGCAGUCCUCUCAUUGCUAAACCUAGUUUUGUUGUCAGAGCUGAUUCCAAUUCCGACGCUGUUUCCGCUUCGGAUAAUGUUGAUGAAAAUCCUGAAGCUUCGGAUAAUGUUGAUGAAGUUCCGGAAACUGAAGGAGAACAGAUUUUGGAUUCUGCAUCUGAGGUGGAGGAAUCCAAGCCUCCUAGACAAACUCGUGUUAAGCUUGGUGAUGUUAUGGGGAUAUUGCAUAAGAGGGCAAUUGCAGCUUCAGAUGAAGUGAGGACCACUCCUGACCUAAGGACUGGAGAUAUUGUGGAAAUCAGAUUGGAAGUUCCGGAGAACAAACGUAGGUUAUCCAUUUAUAAAGGUAUUGUCAUCUCAAGACAAAAUGCUGGUAUUCACACGACUAUUCGCGUCCGAAGAAUUAUUGCCGGCACAGGGGUCGAGAUAGUCUUCCCAAUUUACUCACCAAACAUCAAAGAAAUCAAAGUGGUAAAGCACCGAAAGGUCAGGCAGGCAAGACUGUACUAUCUAAAAGACAAGCUUCCCAGAUUCUCCACUUUCAAAUGAUAAGGUCACACACUUUUCAUCAUGUUCUUAUUCUCAAAGUAAUCUGCUGAUCCUGGAUAUGUGAUUUCAGGCUCACAAUUUGUUUAUUUUGAUUUGCUGUAUUGUAGAAUGUAUCAUUUUUCUUCCCUUUAAUAUAUUCUCUAGAAAUGGAAACAACUGUAUGAUGCCCUUGAUAAUUUUGAGAAAUUUGAAGUGUUUAUUCUGGAUGCUUAUUUUCGGUAGAAAGCCAAGCACUAAUGAGAACAUUAUUACUAAA